UCCCAAUCGCGUUGUUACUAGAACACAUCACAAUGUCAGUUCGUCAACAUCACGACCGAUGACUCGUCUGCUAUGCUUUCGUCGGGUCUGGGGUCCGCGUCGGAUGACUAAUUGCGCUAAUCCAUCUGUCAUUGUCUUGUGUUCAUAGCAUGACUCGUGUGACCUUCCCGUAGGCUCUUGCAUUGAUGAGAACAAUAAUGGCAAGCCAUCUUGAGCACCAAUUAGCUGGUCUACAGAUUGCUCAUGGGGAAACAAACACUGCUGGAACAGGUACCUCAGCUGUUGUACAAGGAAGUCCAAGUCGAAAAAUUGGUCCAGCAGUGCCACCCAAGCCAUCUAAAAAGUCCCAACCACUGGUGCCAAAAAGUUAUUCUCUAAAUGGACCUUGUGAACCUUCGUAUAGCAUCCCAUUGCAAAGUGGUGGAUCAACCAGCCCAGACAAAUCAAAUGUUCCCCUUUACACCAAUCUUCCUCACACUCAAAGCCCUGUGCAUAGCAGAAUGAAUAACUCAGCAACCUACAGUAACGUUCCUGAAGCUCAGGGUCAGGCCUUGUACAGCAACACUUACAGUAACUACCCCAGUUACCCACAAGUCAAUCGAGCAGCAAGGGGAGCAGCUGGCUCCAGUCCUGCUCCUGAGUUACCACCCCCACCACCUGAACCAAAUGCACAACCUCAAGAAGAUGGACACGAAACACUGCCUGACGAUCUGCCCCCUCCCCCAUCUCCUGUUAGCUCUAGCUAUUCAGAAUUACGUCGGGCAACGUACCAACCUGGGUACCAGCCUUCAUAUCCACCUAGCUUUCCUUCAAACUAUCCUCCGGAUUAUUCUACUUAUGGAUCAUCUUCUCAGAGCUCUUCAACAUAUGAAUCAAUUUAUGAGCCUAUAAAUCCACGACCUCCUUCACAAUUGUCGUCUCGCUCCAACUUUUCCCUGUAUGCACCAUAUCCAGGUAGUGCGCAGGGCACACUUCAACGUGGUGGGCAUAGUUCUUCUCAUAAUGAGAAGGAGGCUGAAGUUGAUGCUCUGACAGAUUUACUUGUACAGUCUAUGGAUGGAUCAACUGACUCUGAUGUCUAUGGUAUAUGCACAAAAUGUGGCGAGAAAGUUGUUGGAGAGGGUUCAGGAUGUACAGCUAUGGAUCAAGUGUAUCACAUCAGAUGUUUUACUUGUUGUGACUGUGCUGUCCAACUUCAAGGAAAGCCAUUUUAUGCACUGGAAGGAAAACCAUACUGCAAAGAAGACUACUUGAAUACUUUGGAAAAAUGCUCAGUUUGCCUCCAACCUAUUUUGGAUCGUAUUCUUCGUGCGACUGGCCGUCCGUAUCAUCCUCAGUGUUUCUGUUGUGUAGUCUGUGGAGAGUCCCUCGAUGGCAUUCCUUUCACAGUUGAUGCAACCAACCAAAUCCAUUGCAUUCAAGACUUUCAUAAGAAAUUUGCUCCUCGAUGCUGUGUUUGCAAACUUCCUAUCAUGCCUGAAGCAGGACAAGAUGAAACCGUUAGAGUUGUAGCCUUGGAUAGAAGCUUCCAUAUUCAAUGCUACAAGUGCGAGGACUGUGGUCUUGUUUUAUCUACAGAAGCUGAAGGGCGAGGAUGCUACCCACUUGAUGAUCAUGUUUUGUGCAAGAGUUGUAAUGCCAAACGAGUACAGGCUUUAACUUCUCAUAUGACAACAGAACUGUAGGGAGUUCAUUAAUAAAUUCAAGGGGGAAAACAGUUUUCAUUUUUUCUUGUAUUAAGUUUUUUUUCAACCUUGUAAGUCACUUGUUUUUGGGAUAAUGUAUGUUAUGAAAUGGUUGUGUAAUAAUGAUUCUUACUUUAGACAGUAUUUUAAAUGCAUGAACAGUAUUUUAAGAUUUUAUCUGAAUAUGAUUGGUUUCAUUUUAAAGGCUUUAAAUUAAUCUAGUUAUGGACUGAUUCCUUAAUCUUAUCACACGUUUCUAUACCUUUUCUACUGCAGGUUUCUAACAUUGUCCAUCGUCUGUAAGUUUGGAUAGCUAACAAGACUUUUGUUAGUUAUUUUCUUAACAAGUCAGUUGUAGCUGAUAAAAUUUAAACACAUUUGGGAGCAUCUCGCUCUUAUAAACCAUAGUUUUUAUGUGCAACCCCUAUGGGACCAUAAAACAAUGACUCAUAUAUCACUUCCCUCUAAUGAAAUUUUCAGUAUUACUUUAGUCAACAUGCUGAAAUCUCCUGACAAAUCUUUCCAAAUCUGCACUUUCAUUUGUGUAUCAUUGCUUUCCAUGUCAGAGAAUCAUCAGUUAUCAUGGUCUUUACUUUACAGGCGCUGUUUGCCUCUUUGUAUUAAGGAAUUAUUUUAUUUAUAUAUUUAUACGUACCUAUAUUUAUAGAAAUAUAUUUAUAUAGAUAUAUUUAUAUGGGUGAACGUGGCUUUCUGAAUGCCUGUACAAUAAAUUUCAAUUUGUUGUAUGUGUAUGUAUCUUGUUAAAAAGAACUCGGUUGUUUGUGCAUACACAUACUGUGUGUAUGGAAACUUCAUGUUAUCAUGUUUUAUCUUUGUACCAUUCUAGAUGCAAUGGUCAUGUUUGUUCUUCCUGAAUUACCAAUUGUCAUGGACAAUCCCUCUUACUUGUUUGAGUUGUCCUAAAUUUUGUGAAACCAAGCAAAUUGUAAUUUUUACCAAUUGUGAUACUGUUCACUGGUUUCUUCCUCAAAUGCCUCUAGUAAAUCUAAUGGCUAAAAGGAACAUUUUCCUUAUUAUUGUUAAAAUCUACGUAAAAGAUUCUCAAAACAGAUACUUUCAUUUACAUUCCAUUACCUCCUAAUGUUAAUGUUCAAAUCAUAAGGAUGGAAUAAGUUCAAUAUGGGCUAGUUGUAUGUAUUUGUAUGUGCCAUUGUCAUAACAAAGUGUAAAAUAAACUCAAGUCGACAAACAC